CGUUAGGCAUUUUUAUUUACUGAAAAACAAUAGUUUUAAUGGGACGACGGGUUGUUUUUACUUUUUGCAGCCUAGACACCAUUGUACUCUUGCAGUGGAGUGUCAAAACGGACGCCCUUCUAGCUCGCCUGCUUUCACAAAUAUGGAAAAGAAUUCAUCACGGGAAAUCCCCUGGCGCAUUCCACACGUCAAACUUUGAGAUCGUCAGACUCUGUUGCCUGAUCAUUCCUCGGUUGCGAGGGCAUUUUUCAGCCAACGGGUCUUCCAAACCUGGGCGGAUGAAGCGUGCUUGCCGUCUGCCACACUCGUUAUAUUUGGCCGAACAACUUGGUAUCAACGUUCUACAAAUCGGUCGAUCCGCUCACGACGUAAAGAUGGAUACCUUUGGGACUCGGCAGCGAUGUCCUUGCUUUCAAAGCAGUGUGGCCUCGCACCAUAAUGAUUUCAACUUUACCAGGACUGCUAACGACCGAAUCCAUGCAUCUGACAAUUUGGGGCCGAAAAAACGCUUCAUCAAUAGGAUACAGUUGUAUCAGAAGUUGGGCACGGGCAGUCUCGAGAUGAGACCCAUAUUUCCGGUUCAUGCAGGUGGCGCGUAUCGAUUUGACGCACUUUUCGUGUGGUAUUCAGAGACAAAUUCACAAGAUAGCUCGAGACAACCAUUGAACAGAACGAAAAUUCUACUCUUCUGUGCUAACAACGACCCAGGCCUACAGAAAAGUAACCAUUCUCACAAACCUCUAGAUAAUAUUGCUGUGAAAAGAUUAUCUUCACUUUUCCGACAGCUGACACUUCAUUCUUGUUCCGUCAGAUCGGUAACUUCCACAAAACUAGCACCUCAACUGAACCUCAGAAAGCGUAACAACAUUCCUCAAUCGCACACAUUCACAGCUGGCUUUGACCGCCAGCGUGCAAGAACUUUGCCCAAUAUCAAGAGUAAACUAAAGUCAAACCUCAAACCUGGCCUCAAGACGCCGGCCGUCGUCGGCGCUGGCAAUGGUGUGCCCGGACGAAUGGCAGUCAGCUGUAUUGAAGAUUUGGAAGCAGCUGACAUCCACGGUAACCGAAUGUGGAUACCACCAGCGUGUUCGAUGUCAAUGAUUGAAGACCAUACCGGGACCACAACAGAUGAGAAAAAUUCUGAAUCCGGAAACACUUUGGAUGUUCAAGAGUUGUUAUUCGAGAGGGAAGCUGAUCAAACGCAUACCCCAGGACCGAAUAAUACUGUGUCCGGUGCAAACAAAUCAGUAUGGCAAGAUGCCUUUGAUAGAUGACACGUUCCAGUCUCAACGGUGGACUGACAAACAAGAUCGAGUGGAGGCCUUUUCGGCAACCGUUCUGCUGGCCAUCCCUGAGGCUGGCGAGGCCGAUUACUAUUCAGAUUCGCCACAGUACCUCACUGUCGCAGAACUUCGAGAGCUUGGUAUCUACGAUGAUGACGAAGACGAUGAGGAGGAGGAGGAAGAAGAAGAGUUGGAGGAUUUGGAUGUAAAAGCGCAAAGCGUCGAAGACGAUCGCGACAGCGCAUCGGAUUCCAGAGCUCAUUAUUUGGAUAUGACCAAAUCCGAGAUUCUUGAAAAAAACCACCGUUUUUCAUUUCCCUCCCUCAGCCCGCUAACAUCACAGCGCGGACUGCACUUUACAGCCUCCGAUGAACUAGUUUCUUUGGUUUCCUCCACUACGCUGUAAAAUAUUGAUUUUUUCUACUUUUUUGAAUACAAUCACCUGUCUGCGCUCAUCCACAG